GUGGGUUUCUCUGAGUCGGGACCGGCGGUAGCAGAGCCGUGAUCAAAAUGAGUCUUGUAAACUCGGAUUCGGAGAACCGCGUGGUCCUGAAUGUAGGCGGAAUCCGGCACGAAACGUACAAGGCGACCCUGAAGAAGAUCCCCGCGACGAGGCUAUCGAGGUUGACCGAGGCUCUCGCGAACUACGACCCCAUCUUAAACGAGUACUUCUUCGACAGACAUCCGGGGGUCUUCGCCCAGGUCCUCAAUUACUAUCGCACCGGAAAGCUCCACUAUCCAACGGAUGUUUGCGGACCACUGUUCGAGGAAGAACUCGAUUUCUGGGGUCUCGAUUCCAAUCAGGUGGAGCCAUGUUGCUGGAUGACCUACACUCAGCAUCGGGACACGCAGGAAACGCUGACAGUCCUCGACAGGUUGGACCUUGAUACCGAGAAGCCAACCGAUGAGGAGCUGGCGAGGAAGUUCGGCUUCGAGGAAGCGUACAACGCGGGCACGCUCACCUGGUGGCAGAAGCUCAAGCCCCAAAUGUGGUCGCUGUUCGACGAACCCUAUUCCUCAUUGGCAGCCAAGGUGAUCAGCAUAGUCUCAGUUCUCUUCAUCUGCAUCUCGAUCGUCUCGUUCUGCCUGAAGACGCAUCCGGACAUGCGAGUGCCAGUAAUCGUGAACCGGACGGUGACCAGUGGCAACACCACCUCCUGGGCAGUGGACAAAACGCACACGAACGCUCACGACUUCUUUUUCUACAUCGAGUGUAUGUGCAACGCCUGGUUUACUAUCGAGUUCCUAAUACGUAUUACUGCGAGCCCGAACCGAUUCAUCUUCAUCAAGAGCUGGGUGAACCUGAUCGACUUGGUCGCGACGUUCAGCUUUUAUCUCGAUCUGACCCUGCAGCGGUUCGCCUCUCACCUGGAGAACGCGGACAUCCUCGAGUUCUUGAGCAUCAUACGUAUCAUGAGAUUGUUCAAGCUGACUCGUCACUCGUCUGGCCUGAAGAUCUUGAUACAGACAUUCCGCGCCUCGGCUAAGGAGCUCACGCUCCUCGUCUUCUUCCUGGUCCUCGGAAUCGUGAUAUUCGCCAGUCUAGUUUAUUACGCCGAACGGAUCCAGUACAACCCGAAGAACGACUUCAAGAGCAUACCGCUGGGUCUGUGGUGGGCUCUGGUCACGAUGACCACCGUCGGUUACGGGGACAUGGUGCCGAAAACCUACCUCGGGAUGUUCAUUGGCGCGCUCUGCGCCCUGGCCGGUGUACUCACGAUCGCCCUGCCGGUGCCCGUGAUCGUCAGCAACUUUGCGAUGUAUUACAGCCACACGCAGGCGCGAGCCAAGCUACCAAAGAAGAGACGCCGCGUACUUCCGGUCGAGCAGCCAAGAGUCAGAACUCCGGGCGUGCCAGGCAUGGUCGGAGGAGGAGGGACCGCCGGUCCAUCUGGCUGCCUACAACCACAUAUGCCACCGGGUGGACCAGCCUUGGGUGCCGGUGCUCUAUCUUCUGGCCUUGGCGCGACACCUGGAGUCGGCUGCACCGGAGGCCAGGGGCCACUGAACAGACGGAUGAACGCCAUCAAGACCAAUCAUCCCAAAGAUGUUACGUUCGCCACGAAAGCUGAGGAGGACCGGAGGAACUGUAACCUGCGGACUAACGGGACCAAGACAGCCGGAGGUUUGGGUUAAAGCUGGAACCAAGACUACUCUCCACUGCCGAGGCGCAUUCGACCGGGCCGUUGGGACGACCAAGUCGAAAUGAGAUAGGGCGAGAGAAUCGGGACGGAGGGGAAAGAUUGCCGGAGGAGCAAGCUGAAGACGGGUAUCAAGAUUGCACGGUCUAUAAGGGAAUAUUAGAUCGCUGCGGAUGAAAUGUCGGAUUUUUACCGCGACGAAUUGCGUCGCUUUUUACGACGACGCCACGGGAAUUACUAGAACUAUUCUUUCUUCCUUUCUUCCCUUCUUUCACUCUUUCUU